UUUUCUGUUCCCAGAUUUCGCGAGAGCAGAGCUCUGACAGACGGCGGCGGAAAAGGGGGUACCCUGUUCAGUAUAGAGAGCUCAUCGGCUCCCAAGAAGCUACCGAAGCAUACCUACGUGCGGGGAAUCUCCCGUCUUUCCAAAGUGUGGAAUAUAGGUGUCGGAGCAAGCCAUGGAUCUGUCUAUUUUGGUCCUGAUGUGUGCGUUGCUGCUGGGCUGUGCCGACCACUCAUCGGCUACUGAUAAGAAGAUAGCACCAGAGAACCUUCUGGUGAUCACCGCGGCAACCGAGGAGACAGAUGGCUUCCUGCGCUUCAUGAGCACGGCCAAAGAGUUCAACUACACCGUCAAGGUACUGGGUCUGGGUGAGGAGUGGAAGGGAGGCGACGUGGCCAAAACAGUCGGCGGGGGACAGAAGGUGCGCUGGCUGAAGGACGAACUGCAGAAGCACGGCGCCAAAGAAGACCUCAUCAUCCUCUUUGUCGACAGUUAUGACGUGAUCUUUGCGAGUGGGCCGCGGGAGCUGCUGACUAAGUUCAAUCGUAUGGGCCAUCGCGUGGUCUUCUCGGCUGAGGGAUUCUGCUGGCCCGACCAACGCCUGGCCCCCAAGUACCCGCCCGUACACCACGGCAAACGCUACCUCAACUCAGGAGGUUUCAUUGGCUAUGCUCCGGACCUGUUCAACAUUGUCAAUCAGUGGAAGCUGAAAGACAACGAUGACGACCAGCUCUUCUACACACGCAUCUACUUGGACAAGGAGCAAAGGACACGGUUUAACAUGACUCUGGACCACCGCUCUCAGCUCAUUCAAAACCUCAAUGGUGCCAUUGAGGAGGUGGUGUUGAAGUUUGAGAAGGCUCGUGUUCGCGCCCGGAAUGUGGCCUACGACACGCUUCCUGUCAUCAUCCAUGGCAACGGACCCACCAAGCUGCAACUGAACUACCUUGGCAACUACGUCCCAACGGCUUGGACCUACGAGCACGGCUGUGGAAACUGCGAUGACGACCUACUCUACUUCAAUGACGUGCCGGAUGAGGAGAUGCCCCUGGUCCACAUCGGUGUGUUUAUCGAGCAGCCCACUCCCUUCAUGGAGGAGUUUCUGGAGCGUCUGGCAACCCUCAACUACCCACACACACGCCUGCGUCUGUUCAUACACAACAACGUCGUUCAUCAUGAGAAGCAUGUGUCGCAGUUCUGGGCGCGCCACCGCUCCCUGUUUCCGUCCGCCAAGAUCGUCGGACCCGAGGAGGAAAUGCAGCAGGGGGAGGCUCGAACCCUGGCAGUGGAGGCAUGUAAGAAGGAUCCUACCUGUGACUACUACCUGAACAUCGACUCAGAAGUUGCCCUGAUCAACCCAGACUUCCUACGUAUACUCAUUGAAGAGAACAAGCCUGUGAUAGCGCCGGUGUUGUCUCGGCACGGUAAGCUGUGGUGUAACUUCUGGGGCGCCCUGAGUCCAGAGGGUUUCUACUCGCGCUCCGAGGACUACAUUGACAUCGUGCAGGGCAAACGAGUGGGGCUAUGGAACGUGCCGUACCUGACUCAGGUGUACCUGAUCCAAGGCUCCGUGCUGCGCUCGCGGCUGAAGGCCGUAAACCUGUACCAGCAACAGGGCAUGGACCCAGAUAUGGCUUUCUGCCGCUCCGUACGAGACCAGGGGGUGUUUAUGUAUGUGUCCAACAGGGACGAGUUUGGCCGUCUCCUCUCCUCCAACAACUACAACACCAGCAGGCUUCACCCAGAUAUGUGGCAGAUCUUUGACAACCCCACGGACUGGAAGGAGAAAUAUAUCCAUGAGAACUACUCCAAGAUCUUUGAGGAGGGCGAGGGCAAGGUGGAGGAGCCGUGCCCGGACGUCUACUGGUUUCCGGCCUUCUCCGAACGCAUGUGCGACGACCUGGUGGAGACCAUGGAAGACUACAAUGGGUGGUCCAACGGGGCACACAAGGAUGAGCGUUUGACUGGUGGCUAUGAGAAUGUGCCUACAGUGGAUAUUCACAUGAACCAGAUCCAGUUUGAGAAGGAGUGGCUCAAGUUCCUGAAGGACUACAUCAGCCCCGUCACCGAGAAACUAUACCCAGGCUACUACCCAAAGGCCACGGCCGUGAUGAACUUCGUGGUGCGCUACAGACCGGACGAGCAGCCCUUCCUCAGACCACACCACGACUCAUCCACAUUCACCAUCAACAUCGCACUCAAUAGCAAAGGCAUAGACUACCAGGGUGGCGGUUGCCGGUUCCUGCGUUACGACUGCAAGGUGGAGUCUCCGCGUAAGGGCUGGUCCUUCAUGCACCCGGGGCGCCUGACGCACUACCACGAGGGCCUGCCCACUACGGAGGGCACCAGAUACAUCAUGGUCUCCUUUGUAGACCCCUAACCAACGCUUUGCUCUGCUCCGCACACACGUGUGUGUGUGUGUGUCUGUGUGUGUGUGUGUCUGUGUGUGUGUGUGUACCACGAAGGCCUGCCCACCAUGCAGGGGCACAUGAUGAAUCAUGAUCUUUGUAGAUCCCUAAUUAACGCUGUGUGUGUGUGUGUGCGUGCAUGCCUGCCUUCAGACAUGAGGGCCUUGUCAUGUGUCCAUCGUUUGUCCCUAACUGACACUCCACACGUGUGCGUCUCUGUGAAUGUGUGUGUGUGACUUGAGUGUUGGCUUUUUUUUUUUUUUUCAGAGGGACUACCUCAGUGAUUCACUUGCAAUGUGUGUAUAUGCGUUUUACAAGGACUGUGCGUAUGUGACUUCAUGUGGAAGACAAAUACUCAGUACAUCACACACCUUCACACCUUCAAUGACUUCAUAAACCCUGUGUGUGGGUGUGUGUUGGUGACACAAACGUGUUCAUGAUUUUUAUUUUUUUAUUUUUAGUUUUUUCUCCAAGGGCACGAUUCUUUGGUAAUGCUGUCUACACCGCCUCUGGGACAGCCUCGGUGCCAGGGCUGGACUGGUAAUCUGAUAACUCGUAAUUUUGUGAUAUUAUGAUCAGUCCAUUGUGGUCUCUUAGGAGGAAAAAAAAACAAGAAACAAACAAAUAAAAUCGUAUCGGCCCCUGAGGACUGUCGGCCCACCAGGAAAAUGCCCUGUAUGUCAGAUUACAGGUCCAACGCUGACUGAUGACAUUGUAAGGCUAAGGAGUGCGGAGCGGAAGCCCUGGGCCACAGCUGCUCAGGGGCCUCAUGGUAAUAAAAUAACAAACUGUUAGAAUCAUACGCUAAAUCACAAGUGCGAAAAGGCCUUAAAAAAAUGUAGCCCAAGGCCCUCGGGUGGUGUUACAGCUCCCCUGCCCUGUGGUGCAUUUUUUUUGACAGUGUCGUUGCUAGCUAGCAACAUAGUCAGCUAAUUUCCCGUUGUCAACCGACUAAGUUGCUAAACGGUCAGCAACGAUGCUUUCGAGAAACAGGGGCCCUGGUGUACAAGUGGCUAUGUGACACUCAGUAGGUUAGUAGAUGUUUAGCCUUUUGACGUUGCCCAACCCUAUGCACCACCAUCUUAGGCUGGUAUCAUGAUAUUUUUCAUAGAUGUUACCGCCACCUGCAGGAUAAUGUGCGUAUUGUCUUGUCACCAAUUGAUAGCAUUAUGUCAGAUAAACAUGGCGGCAAUCUGACUUGAGUCAUUCGUUCCAAUACAAAGGAGUGGUCAACACGGCAUCUAGUGGUCAUAGCUAUGGGUUACAAGUCUAAGGUAGACUUGUUUUAAAAAGGGGUUGGGUCAGCCACAUGAUUGAGAGUGCCAUGUCAACAUUUGCAAUACAGUACACCUAUGCAGUGCCACUGUGACCCACUUUCAGUUUUUUUGUUUUGUUUUGUGUUUUUUUAUAUUUUAUUACUAUUCUGUGAACUGUUCUAUUUACUAUUCUCUUCUAUGUACAUCGUGCCAUCAGUGUUGCCAAAUUGGGCUGUUUCCUGCCCAAUUGGGCUGCUUAGGAUGGCUGUCUGUGUGUAAAAAGGGUCGAAAACCAUUGGGCGGGUUUUCCUGUAGAUCUAUGUUCCAUAGAAAUCAACGCAAUCGGGUUAAAAUUGGGCGGGAUUUAGUGCCUCCAAGCGGUUUUUGAUCAUUUUUUGGCCUGGGAAUUAUCGGACACAUCUGGCAACCCUGCGGGCCACCCCACCCCAUAUGUGCAACACUGUGUUUAGUGCCUCCUGUGUGCUUUGUUGAGAUUAUGUAAACAGUGUUCAGAAGUUACAAUCCUGCACACAGUUGUCGAUCCAGCCAUACACUGCAACUGGAUCACAUAUGCCUAGGCCCUGGGUGCAAGAUUGUAACUUCUGAAGCUGCAUUACCCAACAAAGUAAUCAUGACCAAAGUGCCAUUUGCGGUCUGUGGUUCCAUUUUUGGUGGCCGAUGGCACAUUUAAAAAUAUAAUUGAAUAUUAGCCAGCACAAUAAAAUUGAGCUCAUCGCUGUGUGCUGAGCAGAGUCGUGACGUACCAUCUGCGCAAAACUUCCCACAGUCUGGGGGCUAGGGCUGCUCGAUAAUAGGGGAAAAAAUCAGUAUCGCCAUUAUUUCAGCCAAUAUUGAUAUCACAAUAUUUUUAAACUAUAUAUUUUUUAAAGAUAAAUAAUUGUGCCAAACAAUUCACAAUCUUCCCUCCCUUCAGCAAUGUGAGUGAAAAGUCAUGUAGAAACACACAGUGGUGUUCUGCAUGAGUGUUGGAUAGCAAGUCUGCUCUGUACUGGCAAUGGCUCAAGUGGAGGGGUAUGUAGCCUAUUGUGCGUAACAUGGCCUACCUUUUGGCUGUAUAAACAAAUGACUAUAUAAUAAUUCAACUCGAUAUUAUGAAAUUUCAUAUUGUUUGGCAGCAAUAUUGACAUCAUGAUAUUAAUUCAAUAAGGCCUGGCCUGGGCUUUCAGUUUCUAGUUACGUAUUGGCUACCAAACGGCGGGUGGUCAUCACACAAAAUGUCAACUCUGGGUUAUAAAAAAAAUAAACACUAGCCUACAUGCAGGAUUAGUGAUUUCAUGACAGUGGUAACUUGGCCACAAAGUAAAAAGUAGAUGCUGUUGCGUGUACAUAUUACACGUAUUCCAGACCAAAUCACUUGCUUCUAGACUUUUCAAUGCUUCUGGAAUUUUACACGAAAAUUCUACAGCCCUUAUAGCCUACCAACAGACCUUGGUGUUAACAAAAUAACCUGAGUGUUUGAGAAAUAAUUUCUUAAGGCCACAGCACAUCGCUUCCGACAGCAGAUGGAUUCAACAAGGGAUUCUAACAAACAGCUCAGACAAAAAUGCAGCUCAAUGGUAUUCAACAACCGACGUCAAUGGACAUGGACGCCAGUGUGUAGUGUUGUAUUUAAAACAAUGAAAUGGAAUUGUUGGCAGUGUCGGAGGUGAUGUGUGGUGGCCUUACCAGCCCCCCAUUGCUCUAAUGUUCCAAUGAUAUGUGUACAUGUCAACUAUUUUGAAUGGAUAUGUGCCAUUUUAGAUGUGCUAGAAGUCCAUGGCAGUUGAGUUUAACAGAUUUUUAUACUGUAUGAUCAUGAUUGAUGAAAGAUGUAUUUGUGAGUAAUUCAAAGCUUAAAACACAGGAUUUAUUGUUUCUUUUUAAAUUUGGGUGAUUAGUAUUGUCGUAAAUGUAUGAUGGAUGCAAUGUUUUUCUUUUUUUUAUUGUACUUCUUUAUUUUACUAGCCAACAGAAGCUCAACACAAGAGUACAAAAAACAACCCAUUAUUUUUUAAAUGACCAGCCGUAACAAAUGGGAACACGUUGCAGAUUGAGAAAUGGUUUUCCAAUUUUUGUAGUGUUUUGAAAAUAAACUUGCUUUGCCUAUGAUGUUACUCCUAUCUGUACAAAGUGCAUUAAAUUAUUACCUUUUGUCGAAUAAUGAAAUAAAGACUUGACAUUGUAAUAAUU